UGCACGCAGUGUAUAUGCGCUUACGCUGUUGGUUUUUUGAAGACGUCCGAAAUCGGAGAAUUUAAAUAGAGGAUAAGAGAAGCAGUGGAAGAGACCUGCUGAAGAAAUAGAACUGAUAAUUAGCCGGCUAGUACGGAUCAUUUUAUAAACUAAAGAGAUCGUCGCGAAACACGGCCGCGUAACCUUCUUAGCCGAGUCACUGGUCACUUAGCCGCUCGCGACUGAGCUGGACAGGACAGCGCCGCGGGCACUUCAGGUGACAGCAUGAUCCGGAACGCAGACUGGACAUUCGUCGGCCUUCUUUGCGCGAUCAUUGCUUUUUUAAUCGACCGUGUGAGUUAGCUUCGGAGAUAAUUACUGAUCCGGGACGGACGCACCGACGACCGGACCGGCCAUGAUUCUGAAAGACGGGGACCCGGGCACGAGGCUGACCGCGGCCGCGGCCACCGGGAACGUGCGGCACGUGAGGAGGAUGCUGGAGGUCGAAGGCGUGCACCCGGACGCCGUGAACAAAUUCGGGAGAACCGCGCUGCAGGUCAUGAUGAUGGGCAGCCGCAGUGUGGCCGCGCUGCUGCUGGAGCACGGUGCCAAUGCCAACGUCCAGGACCAGCAGGGCAUCACACCCGCGCACGACGCUGCUCGGACCGGAUUUGUGGACACCUUGAGCGUCCUGCACGAGUUCGGGGCUUCGCUCAACAUCCCCGACCACGGCGGCGCACUCCCCAUUCACCUCGCCGUGCGAGAGGGUCACGUGGACGCGGUCGCCUUCCUGGCGCCGCGCUCCGACCUGAGCCGCGGAGACAGACACGGGAACACGGCCGUGGACCUUGCCAGGGCCUCGGGAUCGCUGGAGAUCGUGGAGCUGCUGCAGCAUCACGUGGAGCCGAGCCGGGCUCGGCAGCCCUAAAAGACCCUAAAAAAAAAAAAAAAAACCCGAAAAAGGCGCACGAUGAGUCACCUGCGCGCAGACGCGAGCCGGUGCGCGCUC